GUAUGCGACUGAAGACCCCGAGCGAAGCAUCGCAGGCAGGAAAAAGGGAGGAGAUGCGAGAUGCCUUGGCAAGACGACUUGUUAAGGGGCAGAGGAGCCCAAACGGGCCAAGGGCGGAUGGAACCAAGUAAGCUUCGAACUGAUGAGGAUUGGGAUCUAUGUUGUAGUAGGAGUAGUAGUGGUAGUAGUAUUGAUAUUAUUAGUAUUAGUAGUAGUAAUAGUAGUAGUAGUAGUAGUAGUAGUUGUAGUAGUAGUAGUAGUAGUGUAGUGUAGUAGUAUCAUCUCUUCCGAUAUUAGAUAUUUCUGUCUGCUUUGUAGCUUGACGCGCGACAUCCCGCCCGAUCGUACGCGUGCCAGCCUUACCAGUCAAUUGGAGGAGCGGAGGUGGUUCCUGAG